AACCAACAUUUCAGCUUCAACAUUUACCUUUUAUAACCACGAAGAAGAGUUAACCACCAUGCGUGACGUCAGCUACUUGUUGUGUUUGCUGUUGAUCUGCCUCUCAGUGAGAGACAGUCAUAGUCUGCCGCCCAGGAUAGUCAAUGUGAUGAUGAACGAGACGAAGGAGAUAGUCACCAACAGCUCUGUCACCUUAACGUGUGAAGGCACUGAGGCCCUCCAUUGGCUCCGCCACAAGUACACAAAUUUGACGAAACAUAUUAACGACAUGAAGCUUGAGCUGACUAUCGAUAUAAGGAAUGGGCUAUUUUAACCCAGGAUGAAGAUAAAACAUGGCAAGUAAAAGCAGGAGAGUCGUGCCUUUUGGAUUGCAGACCAUCAGAGCCACACCUCAAGGUCGUUCUCUUCCAUGGUGAUGUUGAUAUUACUGAUAAAACCCCCUUUGACCCAAGAAUGGGAUUCAACCUAACCAACUUGCAGCCUGAGAAAGCUGGUCAGUACUCUUGUGAAAUAGUACUAAAUAACCAAGAGGAGAACUAUAAUCGUCGCAUGUGGGACAUUUCCUUUAAUCAUACUGGCCAGAAAGUACAGGACCCAGAAAUUAAAGAAGCUCCAAAUUCCCAUGCAGUGGUGGGAUAUGAUCUCAUACUGCAGUGUAAAAACCCCAAGAACUCCCACCAAGAGAUGUCCUUCUCCUGGCCAGUACCAAGACAACAACGGUUGGAAGUGAGUGACAAGGCAACUGAUGUCUAUCUGAAUAUGACAUGCUCUUCAGCCGUUUAUAAGAAUAGUAAGAGCAACAAUCCUGCCACAGAACACUUGGUAAGGUCUUCUUCAAAAAAGAAUGACGACCUGCUAAUGGGAGGGAACUGUGACUCGAAUUCUUCACCUGUGGAUCCCCUCGAGUCUGAUAGCAUGACCUUAAAAGAGCCAAAAACACUGACUGACAACAUUGUAGGAGCUAAGGAAUAUACUAGUGAAGAUGCCAUGGUCGUUGAGACUCAUGGAAACUUAGGUGACAGCCAGAACCUCAGUGAGAAGCCACAGAAGAGUUCAGAUUAUGUCAACAUUCAGAAUAUGAAUAAGAAGUAAGAUAUGGAACCCUCAGAAGUCACUUGAUGCCAAAUUAUCAACUUUUAAAUUUCAGGUGAGGUGGCAGUAUGUGGAGCCACAGUUACCAUAUACUGUAUACAGGCAUACAAGUCCAUCUGCCACAGUAGUUGACCUCCAAAUUUUCAGCUCACAAUUUGUGUUUAUGCCAAUACUAACCUUUUAAGUCUACACCCAGAAUGGUUAGCAUAAGUGUAUACUGUGUCUAACUGUCUAUCUACUUGCCACCUUGACCAUGUUCAGACACACACCCUCAGACUAAACAUGUAGUCACCACUUUACUGAUUCAUUAUAAUGUUAUUUUACCCUGUGAUAUAUAUUAUAUACAAUUCAGUUAUUAUAGUCAGCGUUUAUAUUUAUAAUAUGUACAGUAUCAGUACAACAGACAUAAUUACACAAGUGUCUGGAUGCAAGACUAGGGUGCCCAUCACCUCGCCUGGGUUACCAAGCCAACACAACAAAUUAAACUGACAUCUAAAGUCACCAUUAAUUUAUAAGUCUUAAUUUCUUAUCAUAAUUUAAUUUACUCCUUAAACUAUGAUUGCUGCCACGUGUUUACAGUCCAACAGUAAUGAUGCGCUGUAUGUAAAUUUAAGACAGCCUCCCUAACUUUAAUCUCAAGGUUUGUUCUUACAAACUUGACCCAGAAUCAAAUACGUACAGUAUGUUGUUUUAAUUUUUUAUUAACUUAAUUAAUAUUUAAGUCAUAACUUUUUUACAGUAUUUAUUUUUGUAUGUGGUAAUCUGAAGACUGAAUGACCCACUCACUAUAUACCCUGUUUGCUCUGAAGCUCAGCCUAUGUGAAUUCACUGAACACAUCAAUCUUCAAGAACACAGCAUUGGAUGGGGUUUGCUGUGUAUGAUAAAUGUCUUUGAUAUCAAUGUCUUAUUACUGGUAGUUUUAAGCUGGUUUUAAAGUAAAACACUUUAAACCUUAAAAGCCUUGUAAGGUUUAGGUACAGAAAAAGAAAAAUUAGAUAAUUUGGUCAUAUUGGAAUAAUAUCAGUAAAUAUUAAUGGGCAAAGUCGAGGGUAAGAGGGCCAGGGGAAAGCAGAGGCUGGGAUGGAUGAAUGAAAUUAAAAAUGGGAUCUCCAGAGAGAUACAAAACCUUAGAGGAUUCGUAAAAACAACCCAAGAACGUUUAGAGUGGAGAACUGUGGUUGUCAACCCUCAGAUAAGAGGACGGUACUCUGAUUGAUUGAAGGUUUAGGUUCAGUAUUUUAUUAGAUAUUUUGGUACACUGUGUACAGUAAUUCAUGCUAUAGUUUUAGUAUUUUCUUUAUAAUCCUUAUGCUCUGGUUAUCACGCAUUUGCCUCCAUCUAUUGAGGAUAAAAUCUUUAACCUACAAAUUAACAAUAACACAUUUUCUGUAAUCAGACAUAUCUAGUUGCCUCAACAAUUGCAACCCCAGUUGCAAUUUCAAAU